AUGCCUAUACUGCGCAUGUGGUUCAACGCUGAAACUGAGCUGAGGCAGGAUUUCCGCCUCACCAGAACAGCGAUGCACAGCCUACAGAGGCUUUUGCAAAGGGAGCAGGACCAUGGCUGGGGUAAUGAGCUUGAAGUACUCAUUUACACCUAUUGGCUGGCACAUGGACUCUCUUAUCGGGUGGUGUCCAGUGUCUUUAAUGUUCCGAAGGCUACAGUUCACCACAUCAUCCACAGAGUGGCCCAGCACAUAUGGGACAAUCUGAGAAGAGCAAUCUGCUUCCCUCUGACAGUGGACCUGCCUGCAGUUGGUCAGGGUUUUGUCAGCAUUUCAGGAACCCCUGCAUUCCACAAUGUGGUUGGCGCAAUCGAUGGCAGCCACAUACGAAUAAAACCACCACAGCGUCACCGGUUAGAUUAUUUAAAUUAUAAAGGAUUUUACUCCAUCAGUAUGCAGGCAAUAUGUGACUCAAAUGGCAGGUUUCUGGACAUUUAUGUGGGGUACCCGGGGUCUGUCCAUGACACACAAAUUAUGAAGAAUAGCAGUUUUUAUAUCGCAAGACGGUAUCCACCAACGGGCUACAUCCUUCUGGGUGAUGGUGGGUAUCCUUGUUUGGAAACGCCGAUUUGCCUCAUCACCCCAUUCAAGGAGCCAGUGCAUGGAAGAGUACAGCAACAGUUUAAUUACUGUCAGUCAAGGGGGCGCAGCAUUAUUGAAAGGGCGUUUGGCAUGAUGAAGACCAGGUGGAGGUCAACACUCUUCAGAGCUUUGGAGGUCAAGCCCACGUUUGCACCCCAGGUGAUCGCCUCAUGUGCUUUUUUGCACAAUGUGUGUAUGGACAAUGGUGCUUGCCAUGGCAGAGGCAGAGGUAGAGGGUUCUGA